CAGUGGACGAGAGUAGAGUUAUCUUGGUGACGCAAUGGCGUGAUAGCGAUGAUAGGAAAAGUUAGUACUAGGAUGAUGCUGCACUUUACAAAACGUGUCCCAAGUGCCCUACCAUGUCAUUUCACUGCUGAUCAUGAGGGGUUUGCCAUCCUCUUUGACGUCGCACGCACAGUUUCUGCUGUCAGCGUUUGAAAAUGUCCAACAGUCAUUUCUUCGAAAAAAUGCUGCAACAGUCUUUAAUGUCAAGGGAACUGAAACUGUGCCCGCUGACCUAACCUCACUCAUUCAUCGUGCAAGGAUCCACAGUUCCACGAUUUUACCCAGCACUUCUCUUACAAGUGAUGUUAAUGUUGAGCAUGACACGGACCCCCUGGGGAGACAGUCAGUACAGAAACCUGUGAAGUUCAUUCAAAGUUUUUCAGAUUUUCUUACCGACUCGUUUGGCCGACAUCACACCUAUCUUCGCAUUUCACUAACUGAGCGGUGCAAUCUAAGAUGUCGCUACUGUAUGCCAGCGGAGGGUGUGGAGCUGUCACCUAAAGAACAUCUGCUCACCACACCAGAGGUCUUGACUCUUUGUCGGCUCUUUAUCCAAGAGGGAAUUACAAAAAUUCGACUGACUGGAGGAGAACCUUUGUUGCGGAAGGAUCUUGUAGAAAUUGUUGGAGGGUUGAAUGACUUACGAUCAAUGGGACUGCAGAACAUUGGAAUCACCACUAAUGGCAUCACCUUGGCACGGAAACUGCCCCAUUUGAAGAUGGCUGGGCUGGAUCAACUCAACAUAAGUCUGGAUACGCUGGUCCCAGCAAAAUUUGAGUUCAUUACAAGGCGCAAAGGCUUUAAGAAUGUGUUGGAGGCCAUCAAUAAGGCUGUGGAGCUUCAGUUCAGUCCAGUUAAGGUCAACUGUGUGGUGAUGAACGGCACAAAUGAAGAGGAAAUUUGUGACUUUGUGGCCUUCACAAAAGACAGGCCUGUGGACAUCAGGUUUAUUGAGUAUAUGCCUUUUGAUGGCAACCAGUGGAACUUGAAGCGUUUUGUGUCAUACCAGCAGAUGUUGGACAGGAUCUAUGACCGUUGGCCUGACCUCAGUCGUCUACAAGAUGGACCAAAUGAUACAUCCAAGGCUUACAAAGUGCCAGGAUUUUUAGGUCAGAUUGGCUUUAUCACCUCUAUGAGUGAACAUUUUUGUGGAACAUGUAAUCGUCUGCGCAUCACUGCUGAUGGAAAUCUGAAGGUUUGUCUCCAUGGUAAUUCAGAGGUGUCUCUUCGUGACUGUCUGAGAAACCAGAUGCCAGAGGAGAAACUGCUGGAGGUCAUCACUAUGGCUGUCAAGCGCAAGAAGAAGCAGCAUGCAGGAAUGUCCACUCUGUCUCACAUGAAGAACAGGCCAAUGAUUCUUAUUGAUAAUGACUACCUCUCCAGCAAACAUAGUACAUCUUCAUUCAUGUUGCCAAUCACCCCAUCAACUUGGAGACCUGCAGUUCCGCAGCUGUGGCUACCAUGGCAGAAAUCGGGUGUUAUGAGUCUUCAGCAUCAUCAUUCUCAUCAGCUAUGUUUUUGCCCACGUCACUUCACACAAACAUUCAGCAGUGUUGUGCCACACUGGCUGUUCACCAGAGAUUUUACAAAUGGUGGCAAGUACUGGGAAACUAUUUAUAGAGUCAAGUUUGGGGAUAAACAACAUGAGAGUCACAUGAUUAAAAAUAAGGAGAAAGAUGGAGAAGACAGUGCAGAGAGAAACGAGAUGGGUGACAUUGACCAGACAAGAGCUGGAACUGAUAGAGAAACCAGCAGCACUGCACGUGCUAGUGCUCACACAACUAAACUCCCAGGAAAACUGACUCAUACAGAUGACAGUGGCCGUGCAGAGAUGGUUGAUGUUGGUGACAAAUCUGUGACCUCCAGACAGGCUUGUGCUCAUGCAAGCAUCUGGCUGGGGCCUGAGGCGUUUCGACUUGUGCAAGAAAACAAGAUGAAAAAAGGAGAUGUUCUGCUUGUUGCUAAACUUGCAGGAAUCAUGGCAGCCAAGAGAACCUCUGAGUUGAUUCCUCUCUGUCACAACAUUGUUUUGACAAAAAUUGACGUCACAUGUGCCCUUAACGAAGAAAAACUUUGUGUAGACAUUGACUCUCUUGUCAGGUCCAGAGGAGUAACAGGUGUAGAGAUGGAGGCCCUGACAGCAGUCAGUGUGGCCGCCUUAACUGUGUAUGACAUGUGCAAAGCAGUUACACGAGAAAUGGUCAUAUCAGAGGUCAAGCUGACCAUGAAAACCGGUGGAGAAAGGGGAGACUACAAAGCUGUCAGUAAGAGUUGAGGGUUUCGUUAGUAGUGUGGGGAUUGAUGAGAACCUGACAACAACAAGAAAAUGUAUAGAUGUACGUGUGUAUAUACAGAGAGAGAGCCUGACAACAGAAAAAUGUAUAGAUGUGUAUGUGUAUAUAUACAUAGAGAACCUGAAAACAGAAAAAUAUAUAGAAAUGUGUGUGUGUGUAUAUAUAUAGAGAAAGAUUUAUAUCCUCAUCACCACUUGUUUUCGAUGACCUAAAAUAUUUCAAGUGGAAAAUUUCAAAAUGAUUGGUGUACAACAAUGGCAUAUGCUGUGCAUAACUAAAAUUAAGCAGCUCUGAAAAGCUGUCUGCUUCAGGAUUUGUACACGAGACAAUAGAAGCAGAAAACUAGUGAUAAUGGCUUUUGACAUCAACCUGUUGUCUUGGUGUUCAAAUGAGGUGUCCAGUGGGUUGAGUCAUUUAUUGUAAAAAGAAGCUGUUUAUAUAAAGUACAACUUUAUCCCAGGUAACAGUUAUUAAGCAGCUGUGUAAGGAAGCAAGUGUUAAAACCACACAGCUCAGCAACUACAAUUAAUAUACAUUCACAUCUGCCAUACCAGAAAGAACCUAUGCAAUCACAGUUCAGACUUGUACAUAACAAUUUGUUCACGCAGUAACAUUCAGAAGAUGCAUGGCCAAAACAAUGAAAGACUGCCUUAAUGUCUUGGGCCUGCAUGCAGGCACACAGAAUCAGAAGCCUGAUAAGAGCUGAUGGAACUCUCUCAAAAGGACAUGCCUGUCCUCCAACACUUGAAAACAUCUGCUCUUAUAGAGUCUGAAUGUCAUUUGGGGCUGUGCCAGAUAUAAUAGCUGCUUCAAUAAGGGGAAUGUGCUUCUUAAUGUCCUCUCUGUUAAUGGUCAGAUAUCAGCUUCAUUCUGUGCAGAUGAUCUUGAGUGAGAGAUGAGAGAUAUAAUGUUUUGAAAUAUUUUGUGUGCAAAAACUUGAAUUUUAAAUCCAAUAAUCCUGCCAUCAGUAAAUCAUGUCACUGCU